AUGGCCAGUGAAACACCAAGAAUAGAUCCUUGUGAGGUUGCACACACUCAGUCACCCGUUUUCAGAAUUAUAGCGCAAGUUAAGGGUCAGCCAAGUGAGAGCUCAUUGAUUCUCAGUUCACCAUCGGAGGGAAACGAAAUGAUAACGCUGAGCGAUGUCAAAGUUUCGCUAAAUAAACACUUCGAAAUUGACUCAUGGCAUGAGUUUAUAUGCAGAUCAAGUGACACCGGCGAAACGGGGUUUCUAGUGCUGGACUCUGUGCCCUGUAUCUUGAAAGAGAAUGAACAGGUGAGCGUAGACGGUAUCGUAGCGCUGCAGAGGCUUGCCAAACAGUUCCCUGAAAUAUUUUAG